AUGCCAUAUGCUAGAUGGGGAGCAAAGGAAUGUUCAUUAUGUGAAGAUAGUCGAUUUAGUCGAACUGGUGUCUGUAUAAGUUGUGAUGCUGUUUUCUUUCCUUUAUUCUCUUUCCUUAUUCCUCUCCUCUUCUUCUUAUGUCUUUUCUGCUGUUUUCUGCUCGCUAACCUUCAACCACUAAGUCCCUUUUAUGUUUUAGGAAUUAGGCCUUUACUCACUGGCUUUUCAUCCUCUUUUUUGUUGAGAGGGAUAUCAAUUCAAAACGUGUCUCAAGACAAACAAGAAACAAGAAAGAAAUGGCACAUGUCUCCAGCAUUAUCUUUAGAGUUCAUCAGUUAUUACCUUGAUCGGAAUGCACGGAUGGACACAAUGAAAAUCAACAUGAAAGAACUUUCAUCUCAAAAUGACAAACUUCAAGAACAGCAAAAGGUACUCAGGGUUCAAUAUGAUCAGUUGUUAAAUGAAAUGAAUCGGUUGAAAGACUCCACUAGCAAAUUGCAGCAAAAUGGUGAAGAGACGUGGGGCAUCCUUACAGAUCUUUCAGGACAGGAAUUGAAUAUUCCAGAGAUGUUUCGAGUGAGGAAGUCCCCACGGUCACCAACCAAACGAGAAACACAUCCAAAAUCUCCUCCUGCCCCAGCAAUUCAACAAUAUAACUUGUUAAUUGGCAGUUGCGGAAUCUGUAAAAAGUCAACUGACCAACAUCUCUUGGCCAAAUGUGACUCCUGCAGCAAACACUAUCAUUUGGGCUGUCUUGACCCUCCCCUGUCACGGAUGCCUAAGAAGACCAAACUGCAAGGAUGGCAAUGUUCAGAAUGUGCCAGUUCCAGUAGUGAUGUGUCAGAAGAGACAGGUGUUGAUGUAGAUGCUCCACGCAAACUACGAGAAAAGAUUAAAGAACCAAUCAAGUUUGAGCAGUUACAAUCAUUAGACAUAAAAUCGGAAAAACGACUCCGGAAUCGAUCAAACACUAAACAGAAAAAAGGUAAAAAGCGAAAGUCAGUGAAGGCAGACAAAGGUGGAAAACGAGAAGAUCAUGAAGACUCAGAAGGUGUUAUGGAACUUUAA